AUGCCUCUUUUUAAGCGAAAACCGCAUCAAAAUUUGAUUGACGAGAAAAUGUCACUUAUGAACAAUAGUGAUUACACAGAUACUAAUUUUGAUGUAGAAAAUAAAUCUUUAACUUGUAGUUUUAGCGAACUUCCACAUUGGUUGCAAGACAAUGUUGAUGUUCUUACUGCUAUUCCUAUUCGAUUUCGAACACCUGAAUUUCGAUGGUUUCGCACUACAUUAUUUGUCGCGUUAGGUUUGUAG